AUGGCAGCCAACCAGAAUUCCGAGGGGCUGCUAGUCCAGAUAACCUCCUAUAACACCAACCUCCAGGGCGUGCUCGGGCUGCCGCAAGAUCUUGUCGACUGGCUCUCACCCACUCUCCAGGUCUCCAACUUUCUGUCGGGCAAAAAGAGAGCUCCAGACAUUGUCGCUGUGGGUUUCCAGGAACUGCUGCCUCUGCAUCUGGGCCUCGCUGGCCUUUCCAAAGCUGUUCUAGACAAUCGCAAUGCGCUUAUCCUCUCUCAGAUAGAGGCACACGCGCCGAACAAGGAGUCGUAUUCCCUCGUCGCCAAGAUCGCCAAUGUGGGGAUUGCGCUAUUGGUUUAUGCGCGCGAUGAUGGGAUUGCGAGGAGGAUUGGGGAUGUGCAGACCCAAUGGACGGGUACUGGACCAGGGUAUAUGGGGAAUAAAGGUGCGGUUGGCGUGAGGUUUACCGUGAGCGGCGUGGAUGGUGCGGCAGUUCCGGAAGUCUAUACGUUUGUCAAUUGCCAUUUGACCCCGCACGACCAUAAACUUCAACAUCGUCUGAACGACUAUAAACAUAUCGUCUCGACCCUUCUCUUCAAGCCUAUUUCACCGUCUAGCCAUGUCCCAAGCACGCUCUACGACACGUCCCAUCUCUUCGUCUUUGGAGAUAUGAACUUUCGAUUGGAUACACCCGUGUCAACAUCUAUCGUCUCUCCCAAGAAGGACUUUGCAGCCUUUGAGGAAUCACUGGAUAAGCCCACAUUUAGGGAGGAGGUGAAAGAAUAUGAUCAACUCCUCGUGGAGAAGAGGAAGGGGAACGUGUUUGUUGGGUUGAGAGAGGGCGAGUUUUGGAAGUUCAAAUGUAGUUACAAGUAUAAGAUCGGGGAAACGGAUAGGUAUAGCUCGAGGAGGACGCCUGCGUGGACUGACCGGAUUUUGUAUGCAACGUUUACGGAUUCUGCAAGUGAGCCAGACAAGUCGGCAAUCCAAAACCUCUUGUAUACAAGUAUUCCCUCUUAUACCACUUCAGAUCAUAAACCCGUUGUAUCUCUCCUUUUGUUACCCCCGACACCACCUCCGUCCUCGACAAUCCCAACCAUUCCUUUACCAGCAUCUUACAAGCCCACUCCAGACCCUCGUGCCAACCUGAAGAAGUACACUGGUCGCGUUCUCGAUAGAGCUGUUGGUAUUAUCUGGUGGCUCCUCACCUUCCUCGGAGCUGGUUCAGGGUUCGUCGGGUUCGUCAACUUUUUUGUCGGGCUUGGUGCAUUUACUUGGUGGAGGGGUCGGGCGGGUAACGGGAGUAACAACGUAUGA